AGCACGUUUGAAAUUUAAUACAAAGUAAGUACUUAAAAUCGUUUCUGAAAACAAUGACGCGUUCGCGCAUUUUAUAAUAAAUUUCAGUAUUCGCCUACUAAUUGCCGGCCAGCACUUGCUAACCGAAGCAGCUUGAAUAAGUAAAGUAAUCAUAACGAAAAUGAGCUGUAUUCAUUUUCUUUUGCUUUUAUUCAUUACGGGCGUUUUUUCCAAUUCCGAUGAGUGCGCUACGGACACAAAUCCUUUUAUACAAAUUGGUGGCAAACAUUAUUUUAUAAAUACUGGCGUACAGAUCAGUUGGAUAGAGGCUGUACAUCUGUGCCGCACCUAUAACAGUGAUUUGGCUACAAUCGUAUCGGUGGUUGAAAUGGAUUAUUUGUCCUCCUACUUAACCACGAAUGGUCAUACUGACAAACGAUUUUGGACUAGUGGCAACGAUUUUGUAGCGGAAGGUAAAUUUAUGUCACUUAGCACGGGACGUCCCAUGUCUUAUGCCAGAUGGGCAAGUGGAGAACCAAAUAGUUUAAAAAACGCUGAGGAUUGUGUUCAACUCGUGGCUGUAAAUGAGAUAUUUUACAUGAAUGAUGUUGCCUGUAACACAGGGAGUUAUACAAUUUGCGAGAAGCGGAUGGCUUCAGAAUUUCAAAAUGGAGAAGAAAAAUGUGCAAAUGUAUCGCCGCAAUGCGCAGUGAAAAAACUACAACAAAUAUUUACGCAAAUGGCAAAUAUUAUUAAUAGUAGCGGUUAAAAAAAAGAUGUCACGCAUGCAAAUACUUAAAGAUAAUUUGAAAUGGUUUUAACGUACAUUGUUUUGCAAGACCAGAGCGACUUUUGUUGUCGGUCAAAUGUAACUUUUAUUUUUUCUAAAACACGUUUUAUAAUAUACAAAGUAUUUCCAUA